CUUGUUGGAGCAGAAACGCUGCUUUCCAGACUUCCAUCCAGAAGUCGGUCGACUACGCCGACCAACUCAACAGGAACUGACGUCUACUUUGUGCAAGUGGAUGGAAAAAUGCAGGCUGCAGAAAAAAUGGCUCCAAACACCGGACCGCUGAAAGGUAUUUAAAUCUUUGCAACGCGUCCUUUUCGGCCACACUGACGUAAAAGUUGUCAUACUCAUGGCUCCCUCCACCUGACAGAAUGGCCCAGACACAUAAUGGUAAUGGAUUCAAGAUGGAUGUCCCCAAGCCAAAGGAUGUUGUGGGUAAGGAGGAAGCCCUCCGCAUGGAAGAAGAGGCAUUGGCUAAAUUGAAACGGGAGAAGAGACAUACGGUUUCAGUUUUAACCCCCUCAUCUUCCUUGAAACCAUCAAAGUUCACCAAUCCCACUGCUGCUCAGCCUUUGCCUUUUGCUAGUACACCUGACAAGGACCUCAUUGUCUUCCCAGAAACCAAGAAACAGGCAGAGGGGGACAAGUUCAAGGAUAUUGAUGUGGACAAGCUGACUAAUGAGGAGCUUGAGAAACUCCUACUUGAUGAAAACUUUGGCGUUAACAGCAAAGCAUCCUGCCCCUCAGCAUUGCUGGGAUUUAACCUCAGUGCCUCUUACCCUGGUGGAAAUGCCUGUAGCUCCUCUCCUUUCCAGAGCAAUCAGUGGACAUCAGUUCUGAGCACUCAAUCUAAUUCUAGUGUGAGCACUCCAACCCACCAACCCAGCACACUCUACUCUUCAGCUCCGUUUCCCAAACCAGGCUCAUUUCAAAAUGGUUUCACUCCACCCAUGCCAUCAUUCAUGGCCCUUCCGCCUCAGCAGCCACCCUUCAUGACUUUACCUCCCAUCCAGGCUCCCGCAGCCUUAGUUUUCCCAAAACCAACCGUGGACCCCGAAAUGGCCAAACUGUUUGACAAGAUUGCAAGCACCUCAGAAUACUUGAAGAACGGUAGAUCCUCCGGCACUGACGUGGAUUCUUCACAAGUGAGCCCAGCCUCAUUGGCACCAAAUCCACCUCCUCAACAGGCAGCCGCUGUAGAAUCUUCCAACAUCAGCCGCUUUGAGUGGCUGGAUCUGGACCCACUUACAAAACAUAAAGCUGAGAAUGAGGAAGCAUCCGUUGUGCCAGGAAGUGAUGCACAGAUUGUACCAGGGGUUUCUGCUGGGGAUCCUUGGGAUGCCGUUCUUGAAACAGAAGGGAACAAUGUUGGUUGCAGCAGUAGCCCCACUUUGCAGGGGAAACCUUCACAAACCGUUCGUAUACAGCAGAGGAGAGCUUCAACCGGGGCACCUGUUACUAGGAGCCACUCGCUCAAUAACCCAGGGAUGUCUUCCCAGCAGAAACCAAGCAAUCAGGGAAAGGAGAAAGGUUUUGUAAAGAAUGCUGUGUUGGAGGAACAGGAUGCCCAGAACCUGGAGAUUGUUGCGUUUUGUAACGAUUUGGCAAGCCUACGUUCCACAUUCUCUCACAACGACAUCGGAACCAACCCUGGCUUCGUCCUCAGCCCCGUCAUCACACAGAGAGAGAGUGGACCUGACAAUAACUGCUCUGUUAAGGUUUCUAUUGAAAUCCCAGAGUCCCAGCAGCCUGUAACUUUCACCUGUGAUGUGAGUUCUCCAGUGGAGCUGUUGAUCAGUCAGACUCUCUGCUGGGUUCAUGAUGACCUGGACCAGGUGGACUUCUCCAGUUAUUUGCUCAAAGUCUGUGGUCGGGAGGAAGUUCUGCAGAAUAAACACAGCCUAGGCAGCCAUGAGUACAUCCAGAACUGCCGGAAGUGGGAGAAUGAGAUUACAUUACAGCUGCUGUCUCACUCCACCAUGAGGAGGGACUUGGCCCGAAGUGCAGAAGAUGACAACUCUCGAAUUGACCUUGAGAAACAUCUUAGCCAUGUGGAUAGGCCUUUUAGGGAGAAUGUCACCAGACAAGGUCUCGCUGACUAUUUGGAGGGCUAUCACAAUCAAGUCAACAUCUGCUUAGAAAAUGAGAGUACCCAGUACAAGAACGUUGACCGGGUGGUGCAGACAGUAAAGAACCUGUGCUGUGCUCUAGAUGAGGUGGAGACACAGUCCAUUUCAGAAGCCAUUAAGAGACUACGUCACUCGGUCAAUUUAGCCAGGACACAUUCGCCUAAGUUGGGGUCAACAUCACCUGGUCAGUCAUCAAAUAGUGGCUCUAGUCCUGUGGAGGAGAGCAUGGCCUUACUAACAACGGCUGUCUACAACCUGGUCAAGCUCUACCUGCGCUCCUUCUGCCCCCCUUCACCAUCCUUCAGCUUACCCACUAUAGCCCAGUCCACAGAUGAAGGUGGGGCUGUGGAGGUGAGGAGCAGCAAAGAAGCUUCUGGCACCACCGACCACCUUCAGUUUACUCUGUUCGCACUGCAUGGGAUCCCAGGCCACUGGGUCAGCAGUUAUGAGAAGUACUUCCUGAUGUGUUCUCUCACCCACAAUGGGAAAAACCUGUUCAAGCCAGUCCAUUCCAGGAGAGUCGGCACAUAUAAAAGCUUUUUUUACCACAUCAAAUGGGAUGAACUGAUCAUUUUCCCCAUCGCUGUAGCCGUCCUCCCACUGGAGUCUACACUGAGCCUUAGUCUAUUUGGGGUGCUGAACCAGAAUGCCAGUGGCUCACCAGAUUCCAACAAACAACGGAAAGCCCCAGAGUUUUUAGGCAAAGUCUCCAUGCCCCUGUUUGACUUCAGACGAGUACUUGCACGAGGCACUAGGCUCUUAUGUCUGUGGACAUCUGCUCAAGGAGCUGCUGGCGCAGCUAGUGCUACAAGUAGCCGCAGGAAGGUUCCUGCAGAAAGGAUCAUCUUACAGGUGGACUUCCCCAAAUCAGCAGUAGAUGUUUUAUAUGUUGGACCCAAGGAGGCCCCCAGCCCUGAGCCCCACACACUGGAAGAGCUGGAUCCAGAUCUGAGACGAAAGCUGGAGAAAAUCUGCAGCCGAGCCUCUAAUUUUGGGUUAAAGCGCUCCGAUCACCAGGUCUUGUGGGACCAUCGGCUCCACUGUCGCAGGGACCAUCCCAGCAGCCUUCCCAAGGUCUUGGCCAGUGCGCCCAGCUGGGACUGGGCCAGCAUGGGUCACAUCCAUUCCCUGCUGCAUCGCUGGCCAUCUCUGCCCCUAGUCACUGCACUGGAGUUACUGGACUCAAAGUUUGCAGAUACUGAAGUGAGAAGUGUGGCUGUAAGCUGGAUUGAGAAGAGCAGUGAUGACGAACUUACCGAUUACCUGCCACAGUUAGUACAGGCAAUAAAGUUUGAGUGUCACCUAAACAACGCCCUCGUCAUGUUCCUGCUCUCCAGAGCUCAAGGCAACAUUAAUAUAGCCCACUACCUGUACUGGCUACUCAAAGAUGCAGUGCAGGACUCUACCUGGGGGCGGCGCUAUGAGCUGGUGCUGGGUGCCCUGCUGUGUCUGGGUGGAAGCAAACUGAGGGCAGAGCUGGAAAAACAGACUCACCUGGCCACUCUGCUGGGAACUGUGGCCGAGAGGGUCAGACAGGCAGGGGGGUCUACCCGACAGGUGGCACUGCAGGAGGGUCUUGAAAAUAUUCAGAACCUUUUCCAGAGAAACAGCUGCCGACUUCCCCUGAUCCCGAGUCUGGUGGCAAAGGAGCUAAACGUCAAGGCCUGUUCCUUCUUCAACUCCAACGCAGUUCCCCUUAAGCUGGCAUUGGUCAAUGCUGAUCCGUUAGGAGAGGAAAUCAAUGUCAUGUUUAAGGUGGGAGAAGACCUGAGGCAGGACAUGCUCGCUCUUCAGAUGAUUCGCAUUAUGGACCGCAUCUGGCUGCAGGAAGGGCUGGACCUCCGCAUUGUCAACUUUAAAUGCAUCUCCACUGGCAAGGAUAAAGGUAUGGUGGAGCUGGUGCCUUUCUCUGAUACCCUCAGAAAGAUUCAGGUGGAAUAUGGUGUUACAGGGUCCUUUAAGGACAAACCUCUGGCUGAAUGGCUUCGCAAAUACAACCCUGCUGAGGAUGAAUAUGAGAAGGCAUCAGAGAACUUUAUCUACUCCUGUGCCGGUUGCUGCGUUGCAACCUACGUUCUUGGCAUCUGUGAUCGCCACAAUGACAACAUCAUGCUGCGCUCCACUGGUCACAUGUUUCACAUCGACUUUGGCAAGUUUCUGGGCCACGCCCAGAUGUUUGGCAGCUUUAAAAGGGACCGAGCUCCAUUUGUUUUGACCUCUGACAUGGCGUAUGUCAUCAACGGAGGGGAGCGUCCCACCAGUCGCUUUCAGCUGUUUGUAGACCUGUGCUGCCAAGCCUACAACCUCAUCCGCAAGAACUCUGGACUGUUCCUCAACCUGCUGUCUCUGAUGAUGUCAUCAGGGCUGCCAGUACUGACUGGUUCCCAGGACCUGAAGUAUGUGUUUGAUGCCCUGCAACCUCACAACACAGAUGCUGAGGCCACCAUCUUCUUUACAAGGCUGAUCGAGUCCAGUCUGGGAAGCAUAGCCACCAAAUUUAACUUCUUCAUCCACAACCUCGCCCAGUUACGGUUCUCUGGCCUUCCCGCUAACGACGAGCCAAUCCUGUCGUUCUCCCCCAAGGCGUACACCAUGAAGCAGGACGGACGCAUCGUCCACGCCUCCAUCUUUUCAUUCCAGAAGAGAUACAACCCCGACAAGCACUAUACCUACGUGGUGAGGAUCAUGAGAGAAGGUCAAAACGAGGCUCAGUUUGUCUUCCGCACUUUUGAUGAGUUUCAGGAGCUCCACAAUAAACUGACUAUUGUGUUCCCCCUCUGGAAGCUUCCUGGAUUUCCGAACAAAAUGGUGCUUGGUCGAACCCACAUUAAAGAGGUGGCAGCCAAGAGGAAACUGGAGCUCAACAGUUAUGUCCACAACCUGAUGAGGAGCUCCACAGAGGUGGCCCAGUGUGACCUGAUCUACACUUUCUUCCAUCCAAUUGCUCGGGAUGAGAAAACAGAGGGCUUAGAUACCACACCCAAUCCACCUGAGCCUCUGCUGAGUCCAACCUCUGGUCGGGUGGAAGGAGAAGUGAAGCUUUCUAUUUCCUACAGAAACAGUACUCUGUUCAUCAUGGUCAUGCACAUCCGAGACCUGGUGUCUGAAGACGGAACUGAUCCGAACCCAUAUGUAAAAACCUACCUGCUUCCUGAUCCUCUUAAGACUUCAAAACGCAAGACAAAGAUCUCCAGAAAAACCAGGAACCCCACCUUCAAUGAGAUGCUGGUUUAUAGCAACUACAGCAAGGAAACCCUCAGCCUGCGGGAGCUGCAGCUGAGCGUGCUCAGUGCCGAGUCGCUGCGGGAGAACUACUUUCUGGGCGGCAUCACGCUCAAGCUCAAAGACUUUGACCUCAGCAAGGAGACGGUCAAGUGGUACAAACUGACAGCCGUUCCGUACUUCUAACCCUGAACCAGCCUCUGACUCUUCCUCUUCAGACAACAACAGAUGCAUUCAAAUCAUACGGGAAAGGCUGCAGAUGGAGCUUUACUUGAAAAUACUUCAGUUCUCAUUUCAUGAAAGCAAUACUCCAGGACAUCAGGAAAUAGAUUUAUCUGGCAUGAGUUCUAUGACAUCUUCAAAUUUAAAAUAGUCAGGAAGAAAGAUUUCACAAGAUGAAUCAAACUAGGUUUUAUGAGAUUUACAUUAUAUAAAUGUGCUUGUGGGUGGAAAACAUGUCUGAGGAACUUCCUGUAUUGAACAUGACCUGUUUCUGAUGAGUUUGAAUAUGAGGUGGGUUAUACUUGUUGCGUAGCUCUGCAGGUGAUUCCCGUAUGACAUGAAUGUGUCUAGCGUUCCCCAAAGGGGCAACAGAAGUGAAUAAUCUACAAACCCUAAAAGGGGAGCCUUGUCUCCGUUUUCACUCUUCUUACCACCUGUAAAACUAAUCUAGAUUGUUUGUGUGACAAACAAUCUUCUGAUGUUGCCUCUUAAAAAAAAAAUGUAACUAGGAGCUGUAAUAUUUUGUACAUUUUCUUAUUAGAGGACCAAAAUGGCUUACUUUCAGAAGAGUAUAUAUACUGAUAUGUUUUCUUAAGGAAAAGAAAGGAGAAACAUUUCUACCUGUCAUGAUUUAUUAACUAUGUAGACACAUAGAAGACAGUAGGAUUUCGCCGCUUUGCAGCAGACAUGUUAAAGUACGGUUGCCCAUCAAACUGAAUUAGAGGAAAUCCAAAGUCUCCCCAAGAUGUGCCAAAACUGACAAAGCGUCAAGAAUAUACCCCUUAUCGAAGGGGCCGGAUAAGGAUGUUUGUUCUCAAUAUGUUCUUAAUAUUACUAAUUAUAAUUUCCUGAACAAUGUGGCAUGUCCUUUUUAACAAAUAUGUAUUCUGUAUAGUUAUAUGUAGUUUCUCCAGAACAAGUCCGGUGUAGGGCCAGAACCAUCAAGAUUGUUGUCACAGUGAUUUGAUUUUUUUUCCCUAAAUGCACGCUUGUGUUUCACAGUUUGACUUCUUUCACACAGCACACCUUAAACAGGUAAAUGUAUAGGCUUUGAAGCACAUUUAUUUCCAUGUUCUGAACAUUAGACUUAUAGGAUAGUUCAGUGGCAGGAAAUUAAAACACAAAUUAGGACCUGAGUCUAUCCUGGAAUCUGGACAUGAGCUAUUUUAGCUCAGGCAGCUGAACCACACCCUCUCCAAGUGCCUAAUAGAGGUCUGAUCACACUGUUAUAAGUAACUAGGCAAAAACUGCUGACAGGAGUCCAGGAAAUGCAAUGUUUUAUGUUUAAAUGGGAAAAUAUGAAUUCUGAUCAGCGACUUGGAUGUAAAACAUCUUCACCAAAAGGGAAUAUUAUCCUGUACAAGAUCAUACAGUGCCCUUCUCUCCAUGUAACUAUAAAUCUAAAGUUGUGUUCAUAUUUAAUAAAAGAUAAAGAUGAUUCUUUUUUUUCUGCAGUAGUUCUUAAAACUCUUAACAUAUACUUAUUUCAUAUUACUAUUACUACCUGGAUCUGCUCUUUUAGUAACUGUUCAAGGAAAGCUAGGAGAGUUAGUGCUUAACAUGGCCAGUUAUUUAUUUUUAAUUGGUGACCUCUAGCCCGAAUGGAUCAGUGUGUACUGUAAUCUCUCUUUCAUAAAGCAUAUUAAAUGUUUUUGAACAAAA